GUUUUUCAUACCAGUUGGUAUCAGAUUCAGGUUCCAUUCUGGGAUUGUGUAUGGAUAACUGUAUAUCAUAAGAGAUCUGCUUGAUCAACAAGUUACAGUAUGGCGUCUGAUUGUAACUACCCUGCUGCAUUUGAAUCUCUCGUUCAAGGAAAGACAACCAACCUCCCCUCACAAGAGUCCAAUGUGGUCCGAGUAUUCCUAAGUUCAACUUUCACAGACACUAUCAAUGAGAGGAAUCAACUUCUGAAGGACGUGUUUCCGGACAUCCAGAAGUACUGUCAGGGUAAAGGCCUGGACUUUGAGGUGGUGGAUAUGCGAUGGGGCGUGCGGGACAACGCCACGGCCGAUCACCUGACCUCUGCCCUCUGUAUCAAAGAGAUUGAGACUUGCAAGAGGCUCUCCAUGGGCCCUCAUUUUGUGGGUUUCCUUGGAAAUAAAUACGGGUAUCGACCAUUACCACCAUCGAUCGACUCCGCCCACUUUGACAAGCUCUUCCAAGUCAUCCAAUCACAGGCGGAUCCCGAGGAGUGCAAACUGGUGACUGAUUGGUAUGUCCAGGACACCAACGCCAGUCCCCCGCUGCAUGUCCUUCAGCCAAUCACAGCACUCCUCUCAAAUUUCUACAAUGAAGAGCAGCCGGAGUUGCAGAAGAAGGACAGGGAUGAUUGGUGGAGGAUCUUUGGGAGGUUGCAGAGGAUUUUACAACGGGGAGCAAAGUCUGCUGCGGUUGAGGGAAUCAUCUCGGAAGAAGAGUCCCUUGUCUUUAGUGAAUCUGUAACGGAAACUGAAAUAAGACAAGGACUGAAAGACGUCUCUAACCCUUCAGAGAAUUGUCUGUUCUUCACUCGGGACCUACAGGGCAUAGGAGUCAAGCUGGAAGAUGAGGCCACAAAGAGAUACAUGGACCUCAUAGAUGAUGGUUCAAUCGAUGAAGAAGCUCGGACAUCUCUUGAAAACUUGAAGACCAAGUACCUCCCAUCGGUUGUCGGUGAGGACUCCAUCCAGCGGUACACCCUCCCCUGGACCCCGUCUGGAAUUGAUCCCUCCCAUCCCAUGCAUGCCAAGUAUCUGGACGACAUCUGCAACAAAUUCAGAGACGGAAUAACGAGGAUGAUCGAUCGAAGCCUGAAGCUGAGGCCAGAGGUCACCGAUCAAGCUGUGGCCAACCUCUAUGAGGAAGUUCUUCACCAUGCUAAAUUCUGCCACACAAAGUGCAGUGGUUUCCACGGCCGCAAGGAUCUCAUGACCAGCAUUCAAGACGUGCUCUCCAAGAAUCCAAGGAAACCCUUGAUUGUCCACGGUGUCUCUGGUUCAGGCAAGACCUCGGUCAUGGCCAUGCUUGCCCGCAAUGCCUCCACAUGGCUCAAACAAGAGUUUGUAGUGGUUCUUCGAUUCCUGGGUACCUCUGGACAAAGCAGUGGGAUUCAUUCAACGCUACAGUCUAUUUGCCGACAGAUUUGCUUUGCUUAUGGCUUGGAGCAGCCGACCUCAAGAAUCCUGGAUGAUUACACGGAGUUGUCAAAACUCUUCAGGAAAUUAGUUGCGACGGUUGCAACGUCCGAGAAGCCUCUCCUGCUGAUUUUCGAUAGUGUCGAUCAACUGUCACCAGCCAACGAUGCACACGCCAUGAACUGGCUUCCCAUGUCCCUGCCGCCAUACGUGCAGGUGGUCGUCUCAAUGCUGUCUGAAGAUGAGUACAAAUGCAGGGAGAAGGCUCAUCUACUCCUCAGCGGUGACAGUUGCUACAUCGACAUGCAGCCGGUCCCGCAAGAGACAGGACUAGAGAUACUGAACAGCUGGCUGGAGAUGAAACAACGGAAGCUGACAGAAGCCCAACUUGUGAAAGUCUCGACGGCCUUCUCAGGAUGCCCCCAGCCGUUGUUCCUGAAGCUGCUGUUUGAGACUGUCGUGCACUGGAAGUCUUACACGAGCACCUCGGAGAAGGCGCUACCAACCAGUGUGCGGAAGGCCAUCACGGAUCUCUUUGCGGAUCUGGAGCACAAACACGGCCAGAUCGUGAUCUCCCACGCUCUCGGUUACAUCUCAUCGGCGAAGAACGGAAUCGCAGAGGCUGAGAUCGAGGAUGUUCUGUCAUGCGACGACGAAGUCCUGAAUGAUGUCUACCAGUAUUGGGAUCCUCCUGCUGAGAACAUUGUUCGGUCCCCGCCUUCUCUCUGGAAGAGAAUCCAUUAUGAUGUGACUGAGUUUUUGUCGGAGCGCCAGUCAGGAGGUAAGACAGUCAUUGCAUGGUACCAUCGCCAAUUUAUUGAAGCCUCAGAAGAUCGCUACCUAAGCCAAAAGGAGACAAUCCUAGCACGACACCAACUCCUCGCCGAGAUGUUCCUCGGGUCUUACAGCGUAGGAAAUGUUCGACCAAUCAUCCUGGAGAAGCGCAAGAAAGUCUUCUCCCAGGCGGAUCGCCAGGUGGCGCCCCAGCCACUAGAGUUCGGUGUGGGUGUAUACAACAGGCGGAAGCUUUUGGAGUUGCCGCAUCACCUCGCAGAAGCAGGGAUGCUUGAGGAUCUGGUGUCCAAUGUCCUUUGCAACUUCAGUUGGCUGUUGACCAAGUUGAGGUGCUUCUCCUUCCUGGAGCUGAUGAUGGACUUUCGCCCCCUCAAUGAGGAGAUAAAUAUCCUGAUUGAGACGAUGUACUUGGCUAGCAGCAACCUCAAGGUGGACCCCUUGUGUCUCGCUGGGCAGCUCGUCGGUAGGGUCGGAGACUACAGAAGCAAGUAUCCAAACUUGGAGAAGCUUCUCCACCAAGCAGCUGAUUGGAUACAGAGCAGCUGUCUACCGGUGAUCGUGCCACGCGCUCCGUGCCUGAUCCCGCCCGGUGGACCGCUGCGCACCAUCUUUGGAGGUCAUCCCAGUGUGGUCUUGCGGGUGAUGUGUACUACAAAAGGAGACCUUAUGUUGUCCGGUUGUCUUGAUUUAGAGGGACUCCCAAUGCUCAACGUUUGGAAUAUGUCUACUCUAGAGCUUGUUCAUACCCUGCAGAAGAAGAACAAUGAAUCACCAGCAGUUAAGAGCAGCAAGAUCAACAUCUGCAUUACGAAUAACAGCAGAUAUGUUGUCUUCGGCAAACGCUCGCUGGCAGUUUUUGACUUGGUCAUUGGGGAGUGUCUUCUGGACUUGGACACUGAAGACAUGACAAGCUUCAGUAAUCUGCAAGUUGAUAGCGAUGACUCCAGAAUCCUAGCCUGUUCCCAGCCCGGUAACUUAGUUUGCGUCUGGAGCAUGACGGAUGACAAGAAAAAUUUCUCUCUGCAGCACCCCGCUGAAGUCAUUUUCUUCAUGUUGCUGCUUGCAGGAAAAAAGCUUCUCUCUGUCUGCAGUGAAGGGAAGUUCAGGGUGUGGUGUUUGAAGUCACAAGAAUGUCUGACUUGUCUAGAUGGGUUCGACGAAGGAAAGGUUCUAUCCUGUGCUACAAUCACACCAAGUGCCAACUCUCUUGUAACUGGAAGCACAGACGGUCAGAUUAAAGUCUGGUCUCUAAAGCCAUUCGUCUCGUCUGAACCAUCCUUGAUCGUUGAGUCGGAGUUUGCUGCACCUGUCACUAAGGAGCCCCUCUUGAGUAUCCUUGCUCACUCGGACACUACCUUGGUUCUCAGAGACAGUAGCAGUGCCUCUCGAAUCUGUCACCUCUACGCCGAUCAAGAGCCAAACAUAAUCGCCCUCAAGGGACAUGAUGGAUUGAUAACAUGCACAUGGACCUGUGAUCCCGACGCUAAAGAUUCAGAUAGCUUAGCUCUCCUGGUGACGGGAUCCAAGGAUGAUACAUUGAAAGUCUGGAGCUUGGAAGAUGGACGUUGCAUCAACACGCUGAAGGGGCACUCCUCUUGGAUAUCAGAUGUGACGACGGUCACAAUGUCUGACGGCCCGCGAGUAUUAUCAGCUUGUAAUGAUAAAACGGUGAAGAUGUGGAUACCGACUAAAGGAGAGGUAAUGGAACGAGACAGACACGAGUCGUCUGGUCAGUGUGUGGCGCUUGCGACCCACACCAAUCCGCUCAUCGGCAUAUCGGGCAGCAAAGACAGACUCACCAAAUUCUGGAACGUCAAUGAAGCCAAGUGCUUCUUCACAGCAGACUGCGCAUCCGUGGCAAUGGAGAUUUUGGAAGGGCAGGACCUCGCCGUCUGCGGCACGGACAAAGGCGAGAUGGUCGCUUUCAACCUGGUGACAGGAUCCGAGGUCUGGCGUCGAUCGGUCUUCAAGAAGAGCAUCUCGGUGAUGGCGUUAGCUCCGAAGCAGACCCUCCUGUUGUGCUCUAAGGACGGAUCGGACAAGCAGAUUCGGGUCUGCGAUGGCGCCAAUCAGUUAGAUGAGAAGUUGAGGUUGGAUGGGCAUGAUGAGGUGACGACUGCUCUUAGAGCGAGUGUAGAUUCAGAGAACCCCAUGUACCUGUCGGCCUCCAAGGCGGCAGGAGAGAUCAAAGCUUGGGACAGUGCCAUGGGGUUCUGCCUGCAGACUAUGGUGCAUGAACAGGUCUUCUCCAUGGAAGUCUCACCCAACUCCAAGUUCCUGGCCACUGGCUCCAACGUUGGCACCGUAAAGGUGUGGUCGCUAGCGGCCACUUCAGUUGGAAGCCUUCUAGCGGAGUUGUCCGGCUUGUACAAGGACACCAUCGUCUGCCUGGCGUUCGGUCAGGAGAAUCGUUACAUCGUUGUUGGGGCUCAUUGCGGGAAAGAGCAGCUGCUGGUCUGGGAUUUCCAGAGGAAGAACAGGAGGUUUCUGAUUGGCCACACACAUGCCGUGAUGUCAGUAAGCAUCACGACAAACAAUAAGUAUGUAUUCAGUAGCUCAAGAGACUGUACUAUCAAAGUGUGGAGUUUUGACACAACGGACCUCUUGGCCUCGUUUGACUGUCAGUCACAGGUCAAGUUCUUCAAGUAUGCCGAGAUUGCUGAGGACCACUACACCUUCAUCGCGACAAACCAGUCUGGUACCAUCACGAUGCUGGACCUGCUGCUAGCAAAGGCAAAGAGGAGAGGAGAUGAAGAGGAUACCAGACCACAUGUCUCGUCAUCGGCACCGAUGUCGGAGGUUAGUCCAUAUAAACCUGAGGUUUUAAACAAACCUUCGAACGGCACGCCGACCAGCGGGAGCGUGACUGGGGAAGAUAAAGUCAAGAAGAAAAUUUCUAAGAUUUGUACAACUAUCUAGAAACACAUGUAGGGUGAGGGUACAUGUCAUUGUCACCUGAGGAUGAAGACCUUCUUGAUUAUAGAAACUUGUCCCUAAUUAGGUUGAAUGUAACUCUUGUAUCAUAAUUUGGGUGUGAUUCCUGGCUACACGGCAGUUAACGGUUAUAAUAAUACAAAGCG